AUGUUACCAGAAACUUUGUGGGCAUACAGAACUUCUAAAAGGGAUGCCACAAAGACAAGCCCUUAUGCUCUUACCUAUGGGCACGAUGCCGUCUUGCCGAUGGAGAUUAUGGUUCCUUCACUCAGAGUAGCUAGGCAACAUGGCCUUACUCCAGAUGAUUACACUCAGGCCAUGGUGAUGGAACUUGAAGACCUGGAUGAAACCAGGAUGCAGGCCCUCAACCACAUGGCUGCACAGAAGAAGAAGAUAGCUAGGAUCUACAAUAAUAGGGUCCGAAGACAAACCUUUCAAGAAGGAGACAUAGUGUGGAAAACGGUGUUACCUGUCGGUGCCAAAAGUAGAGAGUUUGGCAAGUGGUCCCCGACCUGGGAAGGACCAUUCCGGGUGCACAAAGUCCUCAGGGGAAACGCCUAUUGGUUGUCGAGUCUCGCGGGAGAACUGCACAGAAGUACCAUUAAUGGGCGUUACCUGAAGAAGUAUGUUCCCACUAUGUGGGAAAUGCGGGAACUACAGGAACCAGGAAGCACCUGA